AUGGCGGCGCCUCCGUUCAGCUUCACUCCGGAGCGGUACUGGACGGAGGACAAAGAGAGGGCGCUCAUUGCGUUCUUCUCCAAACACGGCUGUCUGUGGAACCACAAGUCUGAGAGCUACAAGAACCGCCAGCUGCGGUGGAAGACCCUGGAGCACCUGAGGGUGCUGCUGUCCUCCCACGCCCCCCCCCACCCCCUCACAGUGGAAGAGAUCAAGAACAAGUUCAAGAACCUGCGCACCACCUUCCAGCGCCAGUACAAGAUGGUGAAGGCGGGCGGGCCGGACGGCGCCUUCGUGCCUCAGUGGAAGUUCUACGAGCAGCUGAUGUUCCUGAGGGGCUGCUGGGACCGGGACGGCCCCGACGACCGGCCGCCGCCCCCCUCGCCGCCGCAGGAAGACACCCGGCUGGUUGGCCCCGCCCCCCUGAUUGGCUCCGCCCCCAUCGUCCCCACCCCGUCCUCCUGCGUCCCCUCCAACGCGCUGGGGAAAUGCUACUGGACCGAAGAGAGGGAGCGCCAGCUGAUCGGGUUCUACUCCGAGCACGACUGCCUCUGGAGGAAGAAGUCCCAGAACUACAACAACCGUCCGCUGCGCCUGCGCCUGCUGGAGGCUCUGAGCCGCCGGCUGGCCGACCGCUCGGCCUCCUUCUCAGUUGAAGACCUGAAGUCCAAGUUCAAGAACCUUCGGACGGUUUUCAACCGCGAGUUCAAGGCGGGGAAGUCGAGCCGCGAGGCCGCCGGGCGCCACGCGCCCCGCUGGAAGCACUACGGCGAGCUGCUGUUCCUGAGCGAGUCCUGUGAGGACGAGCCCGACGGCCCGGAGGACGCCAAGAUACUGACGCCGAGGGAAGGCCGGGACCUGGACCGGGACCGGGACCGGGACCUGGACCGGGGGAACCAACCGUCCUCCUCCGCCCAGGUCACGUUCGGCGACCCCUCUCUCUCCGGUGACCCGUGCCAGGUCUUCCUCCCCGCGUCUCCGGAUGACCUCAAACCAGCUGUCGCCAUGUUUGCCGCCUCCCCGUCCUCUCCGGCGCCGGACCCCGAGCCGGACCCCGCGCCGGACCCCAGGCCGUGCACAGGCCCCGCCCCUCUGGACUUCUCCGGCUCCCCUCUGGCCGACGGCAGGCCGAGCUGCCACUGGAACGAGGCCAAAGUCCAGCAGCUCAUAUCGUUUUACUCCGAGCACAGCUGUCUGUGGAACCACAAGUCCGAGAGCUACAGGAACCGGCCGCUGCGGCGGCGCCUGCUGGAGACGCUGAGCGGGCUGCUGACCGACCGCCAGGCGGCGCCCUUCCCAGUGGAAGACAUCAAGACGAAGUUCCGUAACCUGCGGACGAUCUUCCAGCGCGAGCACAAGGCGGCGAGCGCCAACCGGACGUGCGGCUCGGAGGACUUCUACCUGCCGCGCUGGAGGCACUACGGCGAGCUGCGCUUCCUCUGCGAGUCCUGCGACGAGGACGACCUCCAGGGGGCGCCGAAGCCCCGCCUCCUCGGCCCGGCGCUCGGCGGCCGUUACCACGACGACGCCGACCGCGCCGCCGCGCUCCUGAAGCCGCCUCCCUCGCCCACGCCGCCCGACUCCCCCCCCUCCUCCUCCCCCUCCCCCCCCUCCUCCCCCUCCUCUCACUCCUCCCACGCCGACAGCCGAGCGGCGUGCGGACGCAAGCGUGCCGGCCGCCGCCGCCUCCCGCCGCCGCCGCCGCCCGGCGAGGUGCUGGACGUCAUCAGGGCCUUCUGCCACAGCCAGGGGGCGUCGCCGCACGCCGGCUUCCUGAAGUACGUCGAGGAAUGUCUGAACGAGACGGCGCCGCACAAAGUGAAGAAGAUGAAGAAGAAGAUCAUCGAGACCAUCCACGGCGUGGAGGACGAGGGCUAGAGGUCACGGGGGUCACUCCUGAGAGAACGUCAGGAGAACAUGUGACCAUCACUCGCGUGGCAGAGAGCCGGUGGGUCACGGUUCUCUGCCACGGAACCUCGUCCCAGCGUGUGCUCAGUGUAUCCCACAAUGCACCUGGGCCAGAGACAUUCCGUCUGAACACCUAGCAUGUAGCGGCAUCCAGCUCAGCUACGCAGGAACACGGCAACACGCUAAUGCACCGGCUAACACGCUAAUGCACCGGCUAACACGCUAAUGCACCGGCUAACACGCUAACGUGGAACAUUCCCACGACGUGUGUUUCGUGACUUUAAUGUUCAGACGACAAACGACCUGAAGGACUUCACCAGCUGGCAGGUCCUGCAUAUAUAUAUACAGGACUGUCUCAGAAAAUUAGAAUAUUGUGAUGAAGUUCUUUAUUUUCUGUAAUGCAAUUCAAAAAACAAAAACGUCA